AUGUUUUGCAAUCGCUAUGGACCGUAUGGACGACGUGCUCUUGACAAUACAAUGUUAUUUAGAUUUUUCUUAGAAUUUAUAAAAUCCUCGAUGUGGACACUUCCCAUAGCAACAUUCAUAGAGCAGAAGUCGUUAGUAUUUGAUCGUGAACAGGAAGACAAAGAUUUGUACAAAAAAAUCCAUAAAGAAUUUGUAUCACUUGUUGACGCACUAAUGGAGUGUUUUUGCGACGAUCUACAUGUCAAAGCUGAACAAUUAGUGGCAUCAAUGAAGGAGAAUCACUUCAAAUCACAGAUGACAGUAAAAGGCCGAGUCAGUUGCUUCAACAAUUCUGCGUCAAACCGGAAAUGUCGUUAUCCUAUCCUUGCUGCAUUACUUGAACCCGUGGCAGCUGCUCAAGACUAUGAAGUUUUUGUUUCAAUGAUGAUGAGAAAAAACAUUGAACUACAGUUGCAAGCAAUUCAUAUGAUUGAGGUUAUAUGCGGCUUAGUUCCAGCAGUACUGCGUAUUGAUGUUGACGAAAAAAACUUAGAAGACGUGAAAAGUUUAAGAACCUCUGAAGCAAAAAACGCUGAAGAUUCAAGCAGAACAGAUCCUCUAGAGACCACAUCUAAACAUGACCAAAACAGAGAUACUACAAAACACUUAAUGACAGAAGAAUCUGGUGAAGAAAAUGGAAGAACCGUGGAAGCGCCCAUCAAGGGAGAAAAAGAUGGGCAAAAAAAAGCUGUAGAAGAUCAAACAAAAGCUGAAAUGAAAGCAUGGGAUGACAUGGUCAAAAACUUGCAGAUUGAUCCCAAUGAAUACGAAAAUACAAUACUUGUACAAGUGCUUAAAGAUAGCAAAAAAGAAUUUGAAACUGAUCUAGCAAAGCGUAAAGAAUUACUGGAAGAGAUGGAAAGAGCCAGAAGAGAAAACGUAGCAGAAAAGGAGCGUCUUGAACAAUCAAGAGAAAACGAGGAAUUCACCUUUAGAGAAGCGUUACGCAAGAAUAUCAGUUCGAAUCUGACUGAAGGAGCAGCAAAGCAGAAGAAAAAUAAGAAAAAAAUUGAAGUGAAAUUGCAGAAGGAGGCUUUUGGUCCAACUUCGAGUGCAGACGAAGAUAAAUCAAACAAAACUGUUGCUGAAAUUAACGCAAUGCUUGAGAAGCCAAAACGAAUAGGAACUGCAGAUGUAGAAGAAAGAAAGGACUAUUUAAGAAAACAAAGAGAUAAAUUACUCGCUAUGAAAAAAGUGGCACGCGAAAAGCAGUUCAAGGCAGCAGCAAACAAUGCUAAAACUAAAGCAGAGAGACCAAAAACAGCACAAGCGGCGAGAGAGGCUAUGGCUGGUGCGGUACUGCAACCGACUUAUAUCAGUGAAGAAAUUCUAGCUGCCAGGCACGAAAUGGCUUUGAAAUUAAAGAAUAACCUUCUGAUGAUUCAGGAAUCUGCGUAG